CAGAUUCCUGCACACACACACACACACUCUGUUACACACUCACACACUUUCAAACACACUCUCUCUCACACACACACUCUUACACACUCUCUUACACACACUCUCCCACUCUGGUGUGUUGGUGUUGGUGGAGGUUGGAGUGUGUUUAGGGAUUGGGGCAGCAGCAUGUCGGACCCGGAGCCGGAGCCACAGGAGGACCCGAGCCGGAGCUUCUGGAUGCCCGGUAACUACGUGGCGACGGUGCAGCGGACGCCAAACUGUUUCCAGGUGUGUGAGGACGUGGUGGCGUGCUUUAAGGACCGGGCGCGGGUGGAGCGGCACUACGCCCAGCAGCUGAAGGAGUGGAGCAGCAAGUGGAAAAGCAUCAUAGACAACAGGCCUCUGUAUGGUUCUUUGAUGCGAGCGUUUCAGAGUUUCUUCUCCUCCGCUGAGCGUCUCUCCGUCCUGCACUCGUCUAUCUCUCGCUCGCUGGUGGAGGAGGAUGGUGAGCGGAUUCACGUCUGGCAGAAAGAAGCGUUUAAACGCAAAAUGUUCAUAGGAUUUCGGGAGUCACAUGACUUCGAGACGGCGUUCGCACGCGCUCAGAAGCCCUGGGUGAAAAAACUGAACAAGCUGGAUAAAGCUCAGAGGGAGUAUAAUAAGUCGUGUGAGAGGGAGCAGAGUGCGCUGGAUAAAGAGCGUCAGGCCAAAAACAACCCCGGCGUGAACGAACUCACACUCACCAAGAUCCAGCAGAACUGCGAGAGAGCAGCGCAAGAGCGCGACAAGGCCCGGGAUCGGUAUGAGAAGGUUCUGGAUGAUGUAACAGGAUACGCCCCCCGUUAUAUGGAGGAGAUGGAGUCGGUGUUCGACCAAUCACAGGAGCAGGAAAGGAAACGCAUCAGCUUCCUCAAACAGACCUUCCUGUCCAUCCACAGACACCUCGACGUCACCAACAACGAUAGUAUAAAGGCUGUGUACAGUGAACUCCACCACACUCUGAUGUCCAUCUGUGAACAGGAUGAUUUACGCUGGUGGAGGAACAACCACGGCCCAGGCAUGACCACUGAUUGGCCGUCACUGCAGGAGUGGGUUCCUCCAGUUAGGAAGAAGAAACCAGGAAAGAAGCCAAAGCCUGUAACCGUAGACACCAAAGCGGUUAUGAUUGGAGGAGUGCGAGUGAAAGCUCUGUAUGAUUAUGUUGGGGAGGAGGCUGAUGAACUGUCAUUCAAAGCAGGGGAGGAGUUUCUGAAGGUGGAGGAUGAAGAUGAGCAAGGCUGGUGUCGUGGAGUAAAAGAGGGCGGAGUCGAAGGCUUCUAUCCAGCCAAUUACGCUCAUGUGGAGCAGGGACAUCAUCAGGAUGCACAGGAAACCUGAUUGGAUGGAGUUUUUCAUUAAGUCACAGAAAGCAUGUGAACGUCUUCAUUAUGAUGUCAUGGUGAUGUCAUCAUGACCUCAGAUAUCAGCGCUGAGCAGGAGAACACACGGACCAGAACUCAGAACCACUAUAUACUGAACAUGAGAGUAAAUCAGAAACACAGUAUUAUUACUAUUUAUUAAAUAUAUCACAUCUCUGUAUUGUUUUUCCUGUGGCCACCAGAAGGCGAUUUAAAUUAUGAAACGGUAUUUGUUGUGGUGCUUCCUGAGCCUGAUUUAAAGUGUUUUACCUUCCAGGUUAAAGUGAAUAGAAUUUUAUAAUGUUAUUAAUCAGUAUUAAUGAUAAUUAGCCAUAUUUAGAUGUUACGCAUAAUUAAUUAUUAAAUCUGCUGCGAUUAAAAAAACUGUACACAAAUAAAAAUCUAUUAAAGUUCAGUAAAUACAUCA